AUGGAAACGCCGCCCCCUUUACCUUCACGGCACAACACAGCCAUUCACUCCGGGCCAGUCGAUGACAAUCCUCCGACACUUCCGCCACGCCUUCCUAAUCGUGCUCAUGUCACCGUCCCAGCCGCCCCCACCAUACAUUCAGAGUUCACGCCAUGUCCUUCACCCACGGAACGACGAGUAUUGGGUGCUAGCAAGCUUCUACCCCCUCCUACACGAACCAUCGCUUUAGGCGAUAAACUGCCACCUGCUCGCCGUGCUGCUCCUUCGGACUCUUCCGACGAUGAUUCUGAGGAUGAGGAUCUGAAAGGCACCGGGGUGGACAUGCUUCCUGACAGCAGUCGGUCCUCUAGGCGGCCUCCCUUCAUACAUGAGGUUCACGAGGGGUAUAACAUCUAUAACAAAAUCACUGUCGAGCUAUAUACCGGCCAUGUACGCAUGUCUGGGACGCACGUUGUUAUUGGACAUAGCCACAAGAUAAGGCUAUACGACCUUGCUGUUCAAGAUACGCCUCUAUGGGUGCUUGAUUCGAAGGAAGUUGGUGUUAAAGGCGUUACGAUCACGAGCGUCGAGUUUCGACCUGCGGAAGAGCGACAUGACAAAGGACGAUAUGCGUGGGUGGGAACGAAAGAAGGGCACAUAUUGGAGGUCGACAUCAAAAGCGGUCAAUUUACUGGCGCGAAGCUCUCCGCCCACCUCUACGGCGUCAUUCAUCUCUUCCGGUAUGGACGUUCAAUGGUAUCUAUCGAUGAAGCUGGCAAAGUCUUGGUAUUUACACCGGACUCUGAAGGCGAAGACAUCCGGUUAUCGCAUACUCAACCGCGGGUGGUGAGAAUAACGGAAAAGGUAGAUUUUGCAAAGUUGCUGGGAGGAAUGCUUUGGACGGCAUCGAGGUCGGACAAGGCAGGAGCGAAAACUCCUGCAAAGACGCCUAUAAUACGGGUUUAUGAUAUCUUUACGCCUGGGUGCGUGGGACGGACGGUAUUACCGACUGAACAUGUCGGGCCUGUAACAUCUGCUGCUGUUCUGCCAUCGGAUCCGGAACGUGCGUAUGUUGGACACGAGGAGGGAUACAUUACCAUUUGGGCUCUGAAUACGGAGGAUCGAUAUCCCAAGUGCGUGGAGGUUAUGAAGGUAUCGAUGUCAGAUAUUCUGUGCCUUGAAGGCGUGAAUAAUAGGCUGUGGGCGGGGAGCAGGAGUGGGACGAUUUCGGCGUACGAUGUGGUUCCGAGGCCCUGGGUGGUGACAAACUGCUGGAAUCCGCACCCGGGAAUGCCUGUGAUGAAGCUGCAGGUCGAUCCACUUGGACUAGAGUGUACGGGGAGGCUCUGUGUGCUGAGUGUGAGUAGAGACGAGGCAUUGAGGCUGUGGGAUGGCUUGCUUUCUUAUGAUUGGAUAGAUCAAGAAUUGAUGAAAUAUGAACAAUCGUACAGCCAGUUCCGUGAUCUCACCGUUCUUCUCGUGUCAUGGAACUGUGACGCUGCCAAGCCAGACUCUCUCACUGGCGACCCUGCGAACAUCAACUUCUUGCACGAUGUCUUGAUGAGUGUUGAUAGUCCGGACAUCAUCUCGUUCGGCUUCCAGGAGGUGAUAGAUUUGGAGAGUAGGAAAAUGGCGGCGAAGAACGUCCUGCUGACGGCAGCGACUGGCGGAAAAAAACAUGAGGAGGGUGUACUACCUGGGCUUUCUGAGAAGGUGACUGGGGCGUAUAGGAGGUGGUUUGAUAAGCUUUUGUUGGCAGUGAGGCUGGCCAUGCCACCAGAGUGUCCGUAUACGGUUGUGCAUACGGAGAGCUUGGUAGGGUUGUUUACGUGCAUUUUUGUGAAGAACACGGAGAGGGUGACCUUGAGGGAUAUGGCUAUCUCUACGAUCAAAAGAGGUAUGGGAGGCCGAUAUGGGAAUAAGGGCGGUAUCGUUGCCCGCUUCAUCAUCGAAGAUUCUUCGAUGUGCUUCAUUAACUGCCACCUGGGUGCUGGUCAGAAUAAAGUGCGAACGCGCAAUGCAGAUAUUGCUGGUAUCCUUGAAGAGAAAACCAUGUUUCCAAUGUCUUCAGAAUCGGUACCUUUCGUUGGAGGCGGUGACGGAUCAGCCGUUACAGAUCAUGAGAUGGUUUUUAUCAAUGGUGAUAUGAAUUAUCGUAUCGACCAACGGCGGGAUGCCAUCGUCGCAUCUGUUCGUGCCAAUGAAUGGGAAUCCAUGCUUCCUCAUGAUCAACUGUUGAAGGAGAUCAAGUACAAUCGUGGUUGUCGUCUCCGUGGGUUCUCGGAGGGACCACUUUCGUUCCCUCCAACAUACAAGUAUGAUCGCCGGUCAGACGAAUACGACUCUUCUGAGAAACGUCGGUCACCGGCAUGGUGCGACCGGGUUCUAUGGCGCGCCAGGGUCCCGUCAAGAGUAGAACAGAUACAUUAUCGGAGGUAUGAGGCGAACGUUUCGGACCACCGACCCGUUUCGUCUGCUUUCAAGAUGACCAUCAAGAGUGUGCGUCAUGAGAUACGGCAAAAGUACAAAUCAGAGGUUCAGGUGAGGUGGGCCGACGAGGAGCAGAAGCGCCUUGCGGUGUUGAGGGCAUUUUAUGUGAGUAAGCAGUUGGUAUGA